AUGUCAUCAUCCUCUUCAAGGCGUCGCUCAGGAUCAAAAUGUCAGAUAAGAGACAAAAUCGACGCAACGCUGCUGUCGUCGUGUGAACCAGAAAUUCAAGAGUUGCUGCGGCAGGUUGACGGUUUGUUGGACAGCAAGAGAAGUGAGUGGGAAAGCAGAGUGGCGGGACUGAAGAAGCAACUACAACGCAGGGACGGUGAAUUGUGUGCUUUGCGAGCAGCUUUGCAGCGUAAGAGCAUUGAGGUAGAGCGAUUGCAGGCAAAAUUUGAGGAUGCAGAUACUCAACAGGAGGAGCAAAUGAGUAGUUAUGAAGUUCAACUGACAACUUUGAAGACAGAACUCUCUCGUCUAAGUCGGAAACAUGAAAAACUUCAGACAAAGAAAGAGCAUCAAAUGGAUGGAAUUGACAGGGAACGUCAGAAGGUUUCCGAGGACUACAGGUUUGCUAAUCAAGAACUACAGCACCUGCGGAAAGCAUUCGAGGAGUUACAUGUAAAGUCAUUGCUGUGGGACAAAGAGAAGACGUCGUUGGAGAAGGCAGCGGAACAAGCUGUGGCCGAGAGUGAGGCAAUGAGAAGUCGAUGUGUUUAUCUUGAGGAAUGCAAUGCUACUUACCAACGAGAUCUGGAAAGGUACAAGCGUCUUCAACUUAAUUCUGAACAAACACACGAAGUUUACAUAGCUCAGUUGGAGGCCAAGGUGAAACUGAACCAACAAGAAUCAGACAACAAGCAAGAUAGCAUGAGCAGCUACAACAUGAACAGGAUGCUGCAUUAAUUGCUAAGCUAACGAAGUCGUUAGCGGAGAAAGACAAGCUGCUGGAAGCAAUGGAAGCAAGAAAGACUGUUACUGAAAACAAGCUGAAAGCAAAGACGGCUGAAUGUGAGGAGCUGAGAGGAGAAUACUGUCGGGAGAGUUAUUGUAACUUGCCAACUCAACAGGGUGAAGAGUGGCAUCCUGAAUUUGUGGUAAGCAGCUCUGACUGUGAGUAUGAUACAGUCUGAUCUCUGUUUUCCUCACUGGUCUCACUGCAUGUCCGAGUGCUUUAAAGACUUGAUCUAUACCGUGUGUGUGUGUGUGUGUGUGUGUGUGUGUGCGCACGCGCCUGUAUGUAGCAUGGCAGCCUCUUGAGCGUGUCGGCUCUGAAGGAUUUUGACCUUCUCCGGCUUACCAUCCAGCUUCUGCGAUAUCUUCAAACGUCAUUAUCAUGAUAAACCAUCUCAGAUCAACAGGAGUGCCACAACCAGCAUUUGGAGCAAGCAUUCAGCAACGUGUUUCUUUGCGAAAAACAGCCAUUGCACUAAUCCCAUGUUGUAAAGUGCUUUGAUUGCUUGCAACGUCGAAUUACUCAUUUUUGUGACAAUACAUCUAUUUCCGGUUAUCGCAGAUGGAGACGGAGACCAUGUGCAUGGAGUCCAUUGCAAUGAAAAUGGCUGGGCGGCAUGGACGAAAGAAGUUGGUCUCCAGUAUGGAAGGAAGCAGAACAAUGGUGUAUGGUGCAUGCGGGCGAUCUCUACUGCCGGGUUAGCAGGAAGCAGCAGCUUGACAUCUCUUGCUAUGUAGAGAGUUGAACGAUUCAGGAUGCUGUACAAUAUAUAUUACCUAUUUACAAACUGGCAGUAGAUGAAGUAAGUAGAGAUUUGCUUUUUUGCUGUUUAUGCCAUCAUCUUUUGAGAUGGGCUGGUUAGUAUGUGUGUGUGUGUGUGUGUGUGUGUGUGUGUGUGUGUGUGUGUGGUGUGUGCGCGUGCGCGCACGUGGCACACGCACGUGCACGUGUCUGUUGUAGAGGUUUUUUGUUGUAGACGGAUAGAAGAGUGACAUCUGAUGUUCGAGCACAGUAUGCAUCAUCUUACCAUGAAUCUGAUCAUCGUGGUAUCUCAAGUACCUAUAACCCAACAGAGGUAUACAUUAAUGAAUUAAUUGUGUUCACUGACUUACAUUGUAGACUGAACUACAACCAGUUUGGUGGCACAUGCUCUGUAUGCAAUUUUUUGUGUAAACCGUGUUAUCUCAGACUGUACUUUAGUCACAGUGGCGUUGCAUCCUUCUCCAUAUUUGGCGGCUGAGAAGACGCUUUAUGGUUGU